AUGGUCUACGCUAAUGAUGAUGGUGAUGAUGAUGAUGAUGAUGAUGAUGAUGAUGAUGAUGAUCAUGACAACUUGUCACCAAAAAACCCAUUAGAUUUACUUCAUCAAACAUGUGAACGACUACUCAAUGAAUGUGCUGAUCGUAAUAGAAAACCAUUGAAAUUUCGUUUUAUUGAAAUUCAUUCAAUGGAUCAUAAUUGGAAUUAUAAUCAACGAAAUAGAAUGAAUAAUAAUGUCAAUGAUUUAGAUAAAAUCAAUACGUUUACUAUUGAUAAUCAAAACGAUCCAUCGAAAUGUUCUAAUGAAAUUCUUGAUUAUUCUAUGAAACAGAUGAAAUAUCCUUUUUAUACAUCAAAUACAUCAAGUUCUUUAUGUUCAACAACAUCAUCGACUUUACAUAGUUCUUCUACUAAUUAUCCUUUUUCAUGUUUCACUUCAUCCGCCUUUAAAUGGUUAAAUCUUCCUUCGAAUUCUUUGAAUGAUUUUUUAAUUUCAUUACAACAAGGAUUGAUCAAUCCAAAUACCUUAUUAUCAUCAUCAUCAUCACCAUUAUCAAAUGUUAACACCGUACAACAACAAUCAAUCUCUUCAUAUGCGAUCCCAACUACACAAACGAUAAAACAAGACAACCUUACAAAUGAAACGUACUUUGAAUAUUUAAAGUUACUUACAAAUUUCUUAAGCUAUUUAUCAUUGUUAAAAUGCCUUAAUACUUCAAAUACAAAAGAUUGUUCUAAUAUUUGGAAUGGUAAUAUAAGUGGGAUAUCAGAGGAGGACAGUAAUCUAUGAGUGAAUAGGAUCAUUUCAUGUUUGUCUUGUAUCUUUUUAUAAUGUGAAACGUUUUAUAUUAAGCAAUAUCAUAUUAUUAUUUUGUAAACAAUUAUAUUUACUUUUUAUUUUUAUAAAUUAUUUAUAUACUACUUAUUUAGAG